CAAUCCGGGGUAUCGAAUAUUUCAAGUGGUCAAGUGGAACCGGAAAAGUGUCACAUCCAUCACUCGAAUAACAGUGAUUAACCCGAGUGCCAUGGAAAUACUGCAACUGUCAUUGGUGGUAAUAUUCUUGACAUUGCACGGGACUGCCUCUGACAGAGUGGCAGGUGCCCCGAAUACGAUAUCACAAUUGAUCGAUGAAAUCUCGAAAAUUUCCACAGCUGCCAGUGGAAAAUAUGAUAAACGCUGGACAAAAGGUGAAGGAAUUCCAGAAAAUCGUUUGAAAAUUCGUCCAUUCGCUCGAUACGGUGCCCCGGGUGCUGGUGCCAGUGGAUUAAGACGUCGAAAGCCCCAGGUACACCCCAACCCCUGGUCUCAUCAGCCACGUAAACACACUAAUGACAUACCCGAGAGAUUGCAACUCGAAAACUCAAAACUAGAACUGCCAAGUCCAAUUCGUCACGUCGAUUUUCGCGAUGAUGAUCCCAUCGCUAGUCAGAAUAACGAGCCAUUUCAGAACAACGGGGCUAAUUAUCUACCCCCGAGGAACCAGAAACUCCCAUCACUGUCAGUCCACGUAUUCCAGAGACCAGGACCAACACACCUGCCAGCAAAUCAUCACAAAAUAUCCGAUCCCCAAAUCUCAGACGCUACAUUAUUUUUAAUAAAAAAUGCACAAGCCCUUUCGCAAUUGUACGAAACACCAGCGAUGAAUAUGGAUUAUCCACCGUUCAAUGACAAUCAGAGGAUCAGGCAGUCGCAUCUUGGCGAUCUCCAGGAGGUGGGACCUCUGAAGACUCUUCAGGAUCUCCAGGUGCCGCGGAUUACUCAAACAAUCGUUGGGGGGCGAUCGCCCGUCAGCAAUUCAUUGAUUAAUAAAUCCCCAGGACCUACGAAAAUAUGUGGUGAGGAUGCCUCGAAGUCCCAUCAACUCACGCCGAAGGAGUUGGUAUUUGGGAGGAAUUGGAAUCACCAGGCCACGAAUUAUCCGUCACCCGGUGACAUAUCUCUCUCAUCAAUUCCCACUAUUUCUCCAGGACUUGAUUUGCGACAAGGAAAUCCCACAGUAUUUCCAUAUCCACAGUACACUGGGAUCAUUCCGCUCGUUACUCAUGCACAGAAUUAUCCGAUAACUCAGGGAAUUCCUCAGGACACGUCUCCAACGCAUUUCGAUCUGCCAAUUGUCCCAGCAACUCCAGGAGUCAGCGAUUUCAGGGCGGAUUAUUCCUCCAGGCCUUUCCAAAUUUCUGGCAACGUACUCUCAAUUUUUCCUUCAGGUACUCUCCAGGAUUCCCUAGCUUCCCCAUAUCCUGGGUAUCCGGCAACAACUUCCGGAUUUUGAUGCCUGCGCAGGGGAAUCGCUGAUGAAUAUAUCAGGAUUACGUGAUACUUUUGCGAUAUCACCUGGAAUUUUCACAUUUUCCCGGGGAAAACAGU